CUUCAGCAUACCUAUAUAUUGAAUCACUUGAAAUACAAACAUCUCAUGAAGCAUCUGGUCAAAAUGAUGCCAAGCAUGUGGUGCCUCUGCCUUUCAGAUCUGCUCCUGAAUUUUUACAUGAAAAAUGGCAUCAGGGGGUAGUAGGAAGUUUGAUGCCCUGAAGGAUGUCCAUCGAAGUCAGAUGAUCCAUCUAUUGGAAACCGACAUGGAAGGACAAAAGGAUAUCAUCUUUGAUCGAGACCUGAUGAAGGUGUUGGAUAUUUUCCUUGGAGCUUCUAUUCUCAGAUCUCAUGGUGUGGGGAAGAUCUUCACCUUGGAUAAGAUCCCUCCCAAGAGUGACAGUCACCGCAUUGUGUAUUGCAUUGCCAGUGACUUGAAAAAACUUAAAAUUGUCUGCAAUCACAUGCUGUCACAAGCAUUAUGUGACAAAGAGAUCCACAUCCUUUUUGUCCCUCGAUUCCUUCAUGUGCUGCAGGUGUUAAUGGAAGAAGAAGGCCUCUGGGACAAAGCCAAGUGUCAUGAAUUUGAACUUGGCUUUCUCCCUCUAGAUGAUAAUGUGUUGUCACUGGAAAGUAUUGGAUUCUUCACUAAUGUGUUCCUCAACAAGGACUGGACUCAACUUAGAGAUGUGGCCUAUGCUGUUCACCAGCUGCAAAGUAUAUUUGGGAAGAUUCCGGACAUUUUCACAGUAGGGGAGAAAGCCUCCAAAAUUAAGCACAUGCUAGACAUGUUUGAAGCUGAGAUUGGUUUGUCAACUUCAGCAGAAGCUGAGAUUGAAGCCAUGUACCUAUUUGAUCGAGAUAUUGAUCUACCUGCAAUUCUCCUGUCACAAAUGAGUUACUCUGGCCUCUUGGAUGAAGAAUUCACUUUCAAGACUGGAACUCUGGAGUUCACUAAUGAGGAAGGCAAAACACACAAGCUGAUGCUGAGCGCUGCUGAUGAAGUUUUUCAGGAGAUGAGAGACCAGAACUUUCGAACUGUACUGGACUUGAUGAAGCAACGUACCAAAACCCUUAAAGAGACCAUGCCAAAGCUGUCAGGAAUGGGUGUAAAAGACAUGAAGGCUUUACUAUCGGGGCCUCUACAAUCUUAUGAAAAUAAGAAACAGGCAGUGAAUCUUCAUCUGACUGUAACUGAGACCUUGGUCAAGUGUCGACCCAACAUGUACCUGGUGCUGAAUGCUGAGAGUGAUAUCUUGCGUGGCGAAUCAGUGAAAGAGACUGUCACUUUCCUCCAAGACCACAUAUGUUCUCAAAGAGGAAUGGUGGACUCUGUGAGACUUGCAUUCCUUUAUGCCAUAUGUCAAGGUGGUGUUGCAACAGAUGAAUUUCUAUGCCUUAAGAAGGAUCUCAUUGCUGCAUAUGGAGCACACUUGCUUCCUGUGUUCUUGACAUUGAAAAGGCUUAUGAUAGAGUUGAAAUCAAAGUCUCGUUUUCCAAUACCUCUGGCUCAGCUUCGCAGUUCUUUUGCUCAAUCUCUCACCCGCAAACUCCAGCUCCUGCCAAUAAUUUUCCAAGAUGCAGAAGAGACCCGGUCAUUGAAGUUUCUGGAAGAGUUGCUUCCUGCCAGUGCCUUUAUCCAAAGACCCAAUGACAAUCGGAUGCACCGUUUUGUUCUCCUCGUCUUUAUUGGUGGUGUGACAUUUGCUGAAAUGGCUGCCUUUAGAAAGCUGGGAUUACUCAAGGGUGUGAGCAAGUUGGACAAUGAGGACACUGAGGAGUUAUGA